AUGGUUGUCUGGUCACUUCCAUCCCUUCAAGAGCUUUAUCUUCAGGACAAUUGUUUGGAAUGCAUUCCGAAAUACUUAUGCGAUCUCUCCAACAAUAAGAUCCAUUCCCUUCCAUACGCUUUCUGGACGGCACCCAAACUGCGCGAAAUUAAUCUCUCAUUAAACCUAUUGCGUGAUCUACCCGUCCGUCUCAAUACUACUCCCAUCUCAUUGUCACCAAAGCACCAGAAAAGUGAUAUAUUGACAGAGAAUUUGAUAAUUAAUGAAAAGGACAGCGAAACCGAUGACAAGAAUUGCGAUUCGGAGACCAAAUGGACCGCAAAUCUGAUAAACAAAGACGUGAAUCGCGUAAACAUAUGGAACCAAAACGUUGAGGUCGUGGCCGUUGCCCAUAAUGACGAGGAAUCGGAUCCGCGACACAACUGUAAACUCGUUUCUCUCAAUCUUUCGCACAACGGAUUCCAGAGAAUCCCACCGACGCUCUCAUGUCUGGCCAUCAAUUUGACGCGACUUAACAUGAGUUACAAUUGUCUCCAAUCACUGGGUUGUGUGAAAUCAUAUCCGGUUAACAUAAAGCACAUCGAUUUAUCUCAUAACCAGAUCUCUGAGUGGUUUAGAGUUGAUUUUGACGACAAGUCCACUCAUUCGGAGUGUAGUUCUUGUUAUAGUGAUCUCAACCCAAUCCCAUCGCCCGUCACUAAAACCAGUAUUACUUCUGUGAAAAGCUUGAAAUGCAACUCAUGUUGUAUUCAUAAACAACACAAUCGUUUGGAUAAUUUGCGAACUCUUAUUCUGUCGAAUAAUAAAUUGACUCAAAUUGUGAUCAAUUGUGAGGACAAAGAUGUGAAUUGUGAUGAAUUUGAAAGACUGGAUGAAAACAAUCCUAUCAUUAAAGGUCUAAGAUAUAAUAAAUUGCUUUUUGCGAACCUAUCGAUGCUUGACGUGUCCAACAAUCUGAUAGCGGAGUUGUGUCCAAACAUCAGUGAUUUGUCCAAUUUGUCGGUUUUGAAUAUCUCGGACAACAAACAUAUCUGUUAUUUGCCGCCAGAAAUGGGUUUAUUGAAUAAGUUGUGGAAUUUAAGCACAAGAGGUUGUAAUCUGAGUGAACCCCUGAAGACUAUGAUUGAGAGUAAAAAAUAUAAAACAAUGGAUAUAAUCGGAUAUCUAAAGUCUAUUUUAGAAAAUGCCAAACCAUACGCGAGAAUGAAGUUAAUGAUUGUCGGUAUUCAAGGCAUUGGAAAGACAUCUCUAUUAGAACUGUUACGACAAGAAGGCGGCGGUUCUUAUAGGAAGAGACCUCCAGAACAUUGGGGCAAAAGGAUGGGCAAUAAGAAUCUCAAUAUGAAAACUCCACGCGGAGUGACCCUAUCAACAGUGGGAGUGGAUGUCUGCGACUGGACUUUCGAGAAGAAAGUGAGGGGACAGCCAUCCUUCGGUGCCGUUUCUUUCAGAACCUGGGAUUUUGGGGGUCAACGAGAAUACUACGCCACUCAUCAGUAUUUCCUGUCAAAGAGAUCCCUAUAUUUAGUCGUUUGGAAAAUAAUUGACGGCGAGAGAGGUGUUGAGGGCUUAUUCCAGUGGUUGGUUAAUAUCCAGGCGCGCGCUCCCAACUCACCCGUCAUUAUAGUGGGCACUCAUUAUGACUUAAUUAAGGAAUACUUUCCGCCCUUUUAUGCCGAAGAAUUGCAGCAAAACAUUAGACAGCGGUUUAUGAAUGUCGUCGACCCCGACAAGUGUGGUCUCCCGCGAGUCAUUGACUCCAUUGAAAUCAGUAUCAAAACCAAGCAUAACAUCAAACUGUUAUGUAAUCUCAUUUACGACACUGUGUUUGAGUUGAGAUGUCCCGGAAGUAAAGAGCGUUUACUCGAGCAGAGAGUUCCGGCGACUUAUUUGGCACUCGAAGACGUCGUCUCGUAUUUAGCUUUAGAACGAAAACAAGAGGGAAAGGAUCCGGUCCUGCGUUCAGAACAGUAUAAGACUGCAGUGAUUGGAGAGAUGAUGAAUAGGUAUGGCAUGACUUUCAGAGAUAUGUCUGAACUGCAUUCGGCCACAAUUUUUCUGCACGAAAAUGGAGUUCUCCUUCAUUACGAAGACUCCACUCUUAAGGAUAUAUACUUUUUGGACCCGCAAUGGCUGUUCGAUAUGUUAGCCCAUGUGGUGACCAUUCGUGAGAUCAAUCCCUACGCCCGAAACGGUCUCAUGAAAAUCGAAGACUUGAAGCAAUUAUUCAAACUCUCGCGAUGCGCGCCGACUGACGCCCAGACAUACCUUCUUAAUCUGUUGAACAAGUUUGAAGUGGCCGUCACGUGGGACAGUCGUACGCUUCUCAUCCCAUCUCUAUUACACAGUGAAGAAGACCUGCGCGCAGGACUUCCCGGCUGUGAUGUUAGGAUACCGGUGCGAUCUCGAGGCUGGGCUUUAAGAAAAAGCGUUCCGAACAAGGAUUUGUCGGUUAAUGAAUUGAAAAUCAAUUUUCAAAUACAAUCCCUAUUCGAAGCGCCAAAAACUCCUCCCAUUGUAUCUCUCGAUGAAAGACGAGUCUCUAUUCCCGAGACAUCGCAAUCUGUGACCAAAAGACAAACGCAGUGUUCAGUGCAUGUCAUAAGUCGACCCAAACAUUCUGUACACCGACUUCUUCUGAUGACAUACUUUCCCUCGGGUUUCAUCGUGAGGUUUAUAUCUCGUAUUUUAGGCGACGAUACCAUUAUAGAUAUCAUUAGAUCUUAUUUCAAAAUCCCGGCCAACGCUCAGUCAGACCCUAUCCUUCUGUCACUAUUCAACACAAAAGCCGAGUGGAUGUGUUGGCAGACGGGAAUGGCUUUAAAGCAUUUCCACACUUAUCUGAUUCGUGUCAAAGAAGUCUUUUCCCACUUACCUCUCAGUCCUUACGAUUAUUAUAACAUGAAAUUACUCGUACAAAUGGAUGGCCAGUGGAAUGACAUCCAACUCAAUAAAUCAUCUUUACUUGAGAUCUAUCUCCCGAAUCACUGCUUAGCUGUUGAGACAAUCAAUUCAGAGGGGAUUUCCAGAAAUUAUACAUUAGAACCAAACCAAGAAAUGGUCGCAAAACUACUGGUUAUAGUUGUUGAACAUAUGGAUACACUUCUAGAGGACUGGUACCCGACUUUAGGCACACGUUUUGUUCACACAUCUGAAGGAAAGUUUUUGGUCACACGUUUGGUUCCCUGUUCUCCAUGUCUUAUAAAUCAAAUGUCUUCUUCCCACUCAAACACAACUCAUUCCUCUCCAACACUGACCUCAAGUGGAACUCCAAACCAAUUAAGAUCUCCCGAUGACGUCGAGUGGCAACUGCUUGACUUCGGCAACGAUGGCUCACAAAGAAAUAUCGGUUCUUCAGAUUCACGCGACAGCGGAAUGGGUCGCGAAUCACGCGAUUCUAGUCGUAUCUCAUCUGUUGAAGGCGCCCAUAAAAGCAGUUCUCUAAGCAAUCAAAGCUGUGAUAAGAAUAUUAGUGAAGAACCCGUCGUUUAUUCAUUUUUGGUCGAAGAAUGCAUUUUAGCUGUUUAUGAACAGAAGGCAGUCAUUUGUCCCAUUCAUUCGAGACUUAAUAUGCAGACCAUAGCGCCCGACACUGUCUUCUAUGAUCUCGGAGACCAUUAUCUCAUAAAACCCGAUAAACUAAAGUACGGCAAACUGUUAGGUCGGGGAGCGUUUGGCUUUGUAUUUAAGGCCACCAUUAAAGACUCGACUAAUUAUAAUGCAAUUGAUGUGGCCAUGAAGAUGUUGCAACCGGUAGAUCCUGGAUAUGGCGCUCGCAAGUCUGAUACGGUUGCGUUUAAGGCAGCAAACAAUCGCUGGGAAAGGGAUCCCAUGCAAUACGCCUGCAAAGCAUAUUGUACUGCACGACAGGAACUGAAUAUUCUUCUCAAUCUGAAGCACCAGAAUAUCGUACCAUUGGUUGGGUUGUGUACUAAACCAUUGUCUUUAAUCCUUCAAUUGGCGCCUAUGGGUUCACUCGACCAUAUUAUUAAGAACUACAGGCGCUCUGGAGUGCAGUUUAAUGCUUUGAUUCUUCAGAAAAUUAUGCUCCAGAUAUCGAAAGCAUUGGAAUAUCUUCACCGCCAGCGCAUCAUAUAUCGUGACCUCAAGUCUGAGAAUGUGUUGGUUUGGGAUAUGCCUCAACCCUUUGAAACCUUUCAUCCCUUUGAUAGUCCUAAAGUUGACAUAAAACUCGCUGAUUAUGGUAUCAGUCGACCAUCUCUUCCGACAGGAACUAAAGGUUUCGGUGGAACCGAAGGAUUUAUGGCUCCGGAAAUCAUGCGAUACAAUGGCGAAGAGGAGUACACGGAGAAAGUGGACUGCUUUUCAUUUGCCAUGUUUUUGUACGAAUUGUUCACUUUACGCCUUCCCUUCGAGAACCAGGAGUGCGUCAAAGAGCAUAUUCUCGAAGGGGGUCGACCAUCACUUUCCCAACGGGACCUCUCAUAUCCCAGUUAUUUCAUUGAUAUAAUGACACUUUGUUGGGCACAACAACCCAGAGACCGGCCCUCCAUCAGUCAAAUUGUGUCGAUAAUCUCUGCGCCAGAAUUUAUCCACUUAUUGGAUGUGAUCUCUUUGAAUGAAAAUUAUGCCGUUUUGAGCGCCAAUGGAGUGAACACUUGUUCACAAUCCUCGCGUGUGAUUCUCUCGAGAAUUGGUAAACAAACAGAUCUGAUAACAUGUAAUGACUUUUGUUGGACUGAUUAUCAAACCAUCGCUUCAUUGAAUAACGUGACGGUUAUGAGUAUAUGUCUGGUGGAGGACGAGCUCUGGUUCGGUGACUCCAAGGCUUCGAUUCAUAUCUAUUGUGUGAAUACUUUUGAAAGAAUAUCUUGUGUUGAGUUAGAACUGGAGGACAACACCCCCACAGCUAUUCGCUGCAUGUGUUACGUGAGUUGCAUCAGACAAGUGGCCAUUUCUAGCAGUAGUGGUCGACUCUGGAUGUGUAGUACCGGUGAUCACAGUUUCAAAGAGAUUGGAAACAAUGGAAUCGCAUUUUUAUGUGUAGUGAACGUCGAUAUAAGCGCUCAUAACAAUGACUGUGAGCUAUGGUGCGGUCAGUCGGAGGGCAACAUCGCUGUCAUUACUUUAUCUGAAUCUCACAUUAAAUCCCAACAUAUUGUCAGUCAUUAUGACGACGACAACAGCGACGGUCGGACGCCAAUCAAUGAACGCUUCGAUGUUUUCCAGAUUGAAGCUCUCUAUCCAUACGUUUGGACCUAUUUAUACCCUGGUUGUGUUGUAUGGCAAUGGGAUGUGCGGAAGCGGUCGAUGCUGUGCCGCCUGGACUGCUCCAAACUCGCGCCCUGUUCUGAGAGCCUUAUGUCCAUCAGUAUUGAGGAACAUCUGACCCCGGGCAGUUGUCAGGUGACAGCCCUCACUGUACUCGAAGAGCGGUGUGAGCUGUAUGUGGGCACCACUUGGGGCUGUAUUAUCAUCGUUGAGGGCAAGACUAUGAGACCCAUCACUGUAUUCAGACCGUACGAAGAGGAGGUGAAAGCUAUCAUUAAAUUCAAACCAUUGAAGUCAAGCCAAUGUAAGACAUCUUCGAAUGAGUUCUUAGACGACAAAACUAGAGACAAAGAAAUGAUCGCAACUAUAGGAAAGGGAUACCGAUGUCUGUUGAAUCGAUUCCUCAGUUUAGAUAAGAAUAAAUCAAUUACUCAAAGAGACAUCAAAGUCUUCGAACAAAACCAAGUCUUCGAUGCCUUCACUCUGAGGUUCGAUGUCAUCGAGGCUUUCACUCUGGGGUUCAGAUCUUUGUCUUUUAUUUCCUUUGGGUUUGUUCUUUGA